UACCGAACCAAAUAAACCCCCAGUUUGAAAUACACAGAGGCACUGACAAGCACACAUGCGCGAGCUUCUUCUACUCUCUUCACCAGUUCGGCUCCAUCUCUUCAUCCAACUACUCCUGUUGCUGCUGCCGGUUCUCCAUUCUUCUGCACUUCCCAUCAACUGUCACACCGAUGGUGAAGAAGCAACCAUUGAGCUCGCUCUUCUACCCCGUCAACUCGGCCAACAAAGACACUCCGCCGUCGUCGCCUCCCACUCCGACGGCCACCCCACAGGCAUGGAUGUGGCCUUCCUGCAAGAACCCAACGGCUCAUUCCUUCCGGUCCCCGUCCGCUUCUGCGGCGGCGGCGGUGGCAGCCAAGAACGCCGCAUCCCUUUUCGUCGACUCCUCCGCCCGCAUGCACCACGACUGUGCCGCCUCCGACAGCCUCUCCACGGAGUCCGAAGCCUCCGGCGCCGCGGCCGAGGACAUGGCCGACGCCAUAGUCCGCGGUCUCCGGUCCGACCGCCUCCGCUUCGAGCCCCGCGCGCCCUCUAGCUCCAUCCUCGAGAAGAAGCCACCUCCAGCACCCGCGCGCGGCCAUGAGGCUGCGGGGGCGACGUCGUUCGGCGGCGGCGUCGCGGUGGCGUUCGAGUCCGUGGACCCGUACCGGGACUUCCGGUCGUCAAUGGAGGAGAUGAUGACGGCGCACGGCGCGGGCGACUGGGACUGGCUGGAGAAGAUGCUGGGGUGGUACCUCCGCGCCAACGGCAAAGGCACCCACGCCGCCAUCGUCAGCGCGUUCGUCGACCUGGUCGUCACCACGACAGCCAGCUCCUCCUCCGGCCACUCCUCCUUCACGCUCGCCGGGAGCGACUUGGAGAGCAGUAGCGCCGGCCGCAAUGGAUCUUUCCGCCUGAGGUGAACCGAAUCAAUCUCAGGCUUUCAGCCGCUCAGCUACGUGUCCGACGGUCCGACCGACUGCGUGUGCUACGUGAGUGCGCCUCGAUUCAUUUUGCCAUGUAAACUGUAGCAGCUCCAGAUUAAUUAACCUGUACUAGCCUCUGGUUGUUCGUAAUCCACGCUGCGUUACUGCUCCUGCGAA